UUCCAACGGUCGAGAAUUACCAAAAAAUACUUCGAAAGGGUCCCAUAACAACCACGCUACUCACUGUAGUCUGUACACCUUCUCUCUCUCUCUCUCUCUCUCUAUCAGACAAGUAGUAGUCAAGAAGAAAUCGUAGAGUAAGAGCAAAGUUUCGAACCUUCCACCUCUCCGUUUUUCUAGGGUUUCUUCUUCAUCAUCAAUCCCUAAUUUUUCUCUCUCCAAAACCCUAGAAAUCAAACCUUUCUUCAACGAAAAUGGUGGAUUUUUCUAGAGUUCAGAAAGAGCUUCAAGAAUGCAAUAAAGAUGUCAAGGUUUCUGGCAUAAGUGUUAAACCUAAAGCCGAUUCUCUCUCUCAUCUCAUUGGAACUAUUCCUGGUCCUGUUGAUUCUCCUUACGAAGGCGGUACUUUCUUGAUCGACAUCGUUUUGCCUGAUGGAUACCCUUUCGAGCCACCCUUGAUGAAGUUUCUGACAAAAGUUUGGCAUCCUAAUAUUAGCAGUCAAAGUGGGGCUAUCUGCCUGGAUAUCUUGAAAGAUCAAUGGAGUCCUGCACUUACUCUGAAGACAGCACUUGUCUCCAUACAAGCAUUACUUUCUGCACCACAGCCAGAUGAUCCUCAGGAUGCUGUCGUUGCUCAACAGUAUCUUCAAGACUACCAGACCUUUGUGGGCACUGCUCGUUAUUGGACAGAAGCUUUUGCUAAAACAUCUUCUCUUGGGAUUGAUGUGAAGGUACAGAGGCUAGUUGAAAUGGGCUUUCCAGAAGCAUUGGUCAGGAGUACUUUGGAAGUUGUUGGUGGGGAUGAAACUCUUGCCCUUGAAAAGCUUUGCUCAAGCUAGAUUCAUCACAUAAUCCCUUUUUGUUGAUGAUGCACUCUCUGAAGGUCUCGAUUAAGCCAAAACAUGGACUCCAUGUCUAGUGUAGAGCUAAUAUAUCUACUCCAUCUUUAGUCAAGUCCUUGCUAAAAUUUCUCUUUUGAUAUUUUGUUGCUAUUGAGGCUGAGCUCCUUUCAUGUUGAAAGGAGAAGUUACAAAUGCCGAUUAUUGAAUAGAAUGCUUAAAGAAUGAAUGAGAAAGUCCCCUGGCUUCUUUGCA